AUGGGGUUAUGGUUCAAUGGCACAGAUAAUGACCACUACAUCAAUCAGGUCAGAGGACUAGAAGAGAUUUUGAAACCUUAUGUGUCGAGCAAGCCAAGGCGUGCGUACUUGAACUGCGUGGAUCUUGAUUUCGGAACAAAUGAUGCAAAUGGUGGAACUUCGUAUUCUAAAGCUAAGAAAUGGGGAUCAAGAUAUUUCCAUAGGAAUUUCAGGAGGUUGGCAAUUGUUAAAGGCAAAGCCGAUCCAACCAAUUUUUUCUUCAACGAGCAAAGCAUCCCCCCGCUUCUUUCUCUUUCUGUCUUUGAAAAUUGA